AUGUGUUUCGCAUCUUUUAUAUGCAAGGCUGUGGAAAAUAACAAAAUUAAAGGAAUUGAUUUAGGGAAAGAUGGGUUAUGUGUUUCGCAUCUUUUAUAUGCCGACGACUGUGUUCUGUUGGGCGAAUGGUCUGGGCAGAAUCUCAAAGCUAUUGCUAGAGUUCUACGGGUUUUCAACUUGUGCUCGGGUUUUAAGAUUCAUCUCGGGAAAUCUAAGUUAUUUGGUAUUGGUGUGGGUGACAAUGAAAUUGAGGAUAUGGCGAAGGUUGUUGGCUGUUCGGCAUGCUCAUUACCUUUCAAACACCUGGGAAUAUGGAUCGGUGCAGAUAUGAACAGAGUUAAUAACUGGAACUUCUUGAUCGACAUUGUUGAAUCGAGAUUGGCUAAGUGGAAAGCAGCUAGUUUAUCUAUGGCAGGGAGAUUAGUGUUAUUAAAAUCAGUUCUGGAGAGUCUACCUACUUACUCUUUCUCGGCUUUUAAAGCCCCUAUACAGGUGAUUGACGCUUUGGAAGUUUAA